GCUAGCAAUGCAGCAGUACAUGCGCUUUUAGUGCACUUUUACAUGUCCAGUCAAGCAACGGUUUUUACUUGUGACUUUUCAUGUAAGUGGUUUUCAUCAGCAGCGGUUUUCAGUAAGGCGUUGGUGGUAUAGUGGUGAGCAUAGCUGCCUUCCAAGCAGUUGACCCGGGUUCGAUUCCCGGCCAACGCAAAUGUUUUGUUUAUUAGUUUAUAUUUUUAAUUGUAUAAGUAUUUUUUUCUAGAGCACGAACGAUUAAUAGCAUAACAACAAUCCAUAUGAUACCUGGUUUUGUAAAGGAUAUUGCGAGUGUAAUAUUUAAUUGUGACAUCCACUCGAGUGUGGGUGCUGUAGAUUUUUCCUGCGAUAACUCUGCACGUCUUAUCUUCUUUUCGCUUUCACAUUUGUAUUUACUAGUGUUUCUGGUUCUGGGUAAGCGGCUGUUGGACAUGCACUGUGUAGAAAAGUGAAAUGAAAUAACCCAAUUUGAACAAGUAAGCCUACAUUUUUGUUUUGGGGGUUGAACUUCUCCCUCGAUCGGAGUUCAGGAUGGCGGCUGGAGGAAGCACUAACCCCGGGCAAGUCGGCGAUGUGGAGGAAGAUGCAGCUCAGCUUCUCUUUCCAAAAGAGUUUUAGAACGCAGAGACGUUGCUAAACUCGGAGGUGCACAUGCUGCUGGAGCAUCGCAAGCAGCAGAAUGAGAGCGCAGAGGACGAGCAGGAGCUGUCUGAGGUCUUCAUGAAGACCCUCAACUACACGGCUCGCUUCAGCCGCUUCAAAAACAGGGAGACCAUCGCCAGUGUCCGCAGUCUCCUGCUCCAGAAGAAGCUUCACAAGUUUGAGUUGGCCAGUCUGGCUAAUCUGUGCCCAGAGACAGCUGAGGAGGCCAAGGCUCUCAUUCCCAGUCUGGAGGGCCGCUUUGAAGAUGAGGAGCUCCAGCAGAUCCUGGAUGACAUUCAGACCAAGAGGAGUUUCCAGUAUUAGAGAUACUUGUGUUGAAGAUAGGCAGUAUAAUGCAGUUUUUAAGUUCUGAACGUCAACCAAGCAUCUCGGCUGCUCAGUGGAAACUCGUAACCUGUAGUAGGGCCUGGUCAGUACGAACACUGUUGAGAGAAGCAGUCUAUUUUUAUAUAAAAGUUCAUAAGGAAGGACUGGUCCCGUGAAGAACCUGUGCAGUUUCAGCUGAAACCCCAGUGAGGGGAGGAAACACUAAGAGGAGGCUGUGGACAACAUUCCAUUGACUGGAUUUGCAGGUCAAAGAAAUAAAGUGUUCAGUU